AAAGAGGGAACCAUGGACCUAAAUCCAUGGAAGGAACCAAUCAAAAGCGGCACAGAAUAACCAAUGUACCGCGUGGUCAAAUGAGCGCCAUUUCUCUUUCUUCGUAAGAAAAGCUCCCCAUUCCAUCAGAAACAUGUCAGACGUAGAAAACGAUGAUGUCCCUUCUGCGAUGACAGCAGGAGGUGCAAUGGACAUAAACACAGCCCUGCAAGAAGUUCUUAAAAAUGCUCUUAUUCACGACGGUGUUGUACAUGGCCUUCACGAAGCAGCCAAAGCUUUAGACAAGAGACAAGCUAUGCUCUGUAUCUUAGCUGAGAAUUGUGACGAACCUAUGUACAAAAAACUGGUUCAAGCAUUAUGCAAUGAACAUCAAAUUCCGUUGAUUAGGGUAGAUAAUAAUAAGAAAUUGGGCGAAUGGUCUGGUCUUUGUAAAAUUGAUAGCGCUGGUAAAGCUCGAAAAGUUGUCGGGUGCUCCUGUGUUGUCAUUAAGGACUUUGGGGAGGAUACGCCUGCGAAAGAUGUGGUAAUGGAACACGUCAAACAAAGUUCUGUACACUAAGACCUUUUAAUAAAACAUUCUACAUAA